AUGCAAACAAACGCCUGAUAAAGCUGAAAGAACAAUGGAACUUAAAUUAGGAAAGGAUAUGAUAUUGAUUUCCGUGACUGUGAUUAAGUUGAUUCUUGAUGGAACUUACUAUAAAAUAUCGUGUUACACUCCAUCAACUACAAUUGAAUCGAAAAAUCGAUACAAUACUUUUCAAAAAUGGCAUCAAAGACAAUCAUCGCUGCUUUCCUCGCCCUUGUGGCCAUCAUUGAAGUCACCAACGCCUGCGGUUGCGGCUGCGGUUGUGGAGGUUGCGGUUCCGGUUGCGGAGGUUGCGGCUGUUGUUGCCAGCCAUGCUGCUGCCAGUGCGGCUGCUGCUGCCACAAGAAGUGCGGUGACACCGUUGUCAUCAAGCACCCAGACUGCUGUUGUUGCAAGCCAUGCUGUUGUUGCAAGCCAUGCUGCUGUUGUUGCCAGCCAUGUUGCUGUUGUUGCCAGCCAUGCUGCGGUUGCGGUUGCGGUUGCGGUUGUGGUUGCGGCGGAUGCGGCAGCUGCUGCUGUUAAGUCACCAAAAAUCUCCAAGACUCUCAAACUCCUCGUCUCUUAUAACUGGGAAAUCUUCAAAACUCUCCAUUUUCCUCUUCUCCUGUAAUAGCCUCUCCUUGCUCCCAUAUUAAUAUUUCCACAUGCAAACUAUUUCAAUAAAAACAGAAUAGCAAGUUAAA